AUGCGAGGAAGCAAAGCACAGAUUCGGAUACUUGAGGAAAAUGCAAUCACUAGGAAGCUUCUGUUCAGGAGUGUCGCAUUGUACAAUGUGUGUAUGGUUAUAAUGUAUUUGUUAAAAGGCGAGAUAAGACCAGUGAUGUAUUUGCUUAGAUCUGUUCCAGAGGGAGCUGCAAUUUAUUAUCUGUACAGAAUCUCUACGCCGGUGAUCUGCUCAGAAGGAAAAACACAAACACUCGUCAAUUCUGGAACUGCACUGAGCGGAAAGGGACAUGUAAGUGUUGCAUUUGACUUUCUGUUUGUAUCUAUGCUUGUAAAGUUUCUUCUUCUUUACACAAACAAGGCAUGGGGAUUGUAUGCAAUCACAUUAGUGUCGUGCUGCUAUGAGUUUGUUUAUAAGUCAUUCAAGACAUUGAAGUCACAUAAGCAAAAGAGCACCGAAUGA